UUUAGACUUUAGUUUAGUAUUUACUAUAUAGUAAACUUUCAAAGUUUUUAAUUUUAAUUUUGAUUUAUAAUUUAUUAUUGGUUUUGAUUUUGAAAAAGGUUGUGGAGACCCGUUUUGCCUACAACACUAUUGUUCCGAGACGUCUUGUGAAGGUUAAAGAGGCAUUGUCUAGAAUGGUAACCAACGCUAAUUGGAGCGUAUGGAGGCAAUCUAGUGGUACAAGGGGAGCGGCCAUUAAGGCAAUGAUACUAGAUGACUCUUUGUGGGAUCUUGCUGAGUACCUCCUGAGAUUUAUUGAGCCCAUAUUAAGCAUGAUCCGAUACAUUGACAUGGAUAGGCCUUGCUUGGGUGAGGUAUAUGAUGGCAUUGACUCCAUGAUCGAGGAUAUGAAAACAAUCAUAAAUGAGAAAGAGCAAGAUCCUGAAGAAAAAUUCUUCAAGGAAAUACAAAAAUCAUGGUGGAGAGAUGGAACAAAAUGACUAUCCCUUUGCAUCUCCUUGCCUUUGCAUUGAGCCCCAAAUACUAUAGUUGGGAGGUCCUCAAUAAGAGUAGCACUAGAGUUGCCCCAUAUAGAGAUCAUGAAGUUGCUAUUGGGUACAAGGCAGCCCUUCGUAGACUCUUUCUAGAUUCAUUACGGGUUGUGGUGAGGGCUGAAGUCAUGAGUUUCACAAGCACGGAUGAUUGCGGUAUUGAGGCUCUUGAAGACAAGGCAAAUGUUGAUGCUCAUAAAUGGUGGUACUUCCAUGGAGAAAUAUACGAGAACCUACAACCCAUUGCCAUCAAAGUUUUGUCACAAGUUGCUAGUUCUUCAUCAUCCGAGAGGAAUUGGAGCACAUACUCCUUCAUCCACUCAAUAAAACACAAUAAACUACAUUCCAAGAAGGCGGAAGACUCGGAAGACUUGGUCUAUGUGCAUUCAAACUUGAGGCUCCUAACACACAAAGACAAUACCUUCAAACAAGGGGGGAGACAAAGCAUUGGGAUGUUGAAUCAGAGCAUGCAGAGUUGGAUGAUUCAAUUGCCCGCCUUAAUGCACUUGGAGUUGAUGAUGAUGAUGAUGAGCUACUUAGUGAUCAUAAGGUUGCUCCCGAGGCUGAGAUUGCUAGUACCACUGCCAGUGGCACUGUUUGUGCUUCUAAUUUGCCACAGGAGGAUGAUGAUGAUAUGUUUGACGACUUUUGAUGAUAUUUGAUCAGUGAUGGCUGAUUGUUAAUGUUGACAUUGUUAUUUUUGAACAUAAACACUGAUAUGGUGGUGUAUUUUGGCAUUUUGCUAUGUUAUGUGCCAUUUGGACUAAAAGUCUACAACAUUAAUAUAUA